AUGUCGUCUAUUCAAAUUGCUGGCAUGUUAUUCGAUGAUGAUGAAGAUAAAUCUCAUUCAUCGAAUAAUAACAAACCAUUGAACAACAAUGCAUCCCAUCAAAAGAGGAGAACUCUUGAUUCCUUUAUUGAUGACAAAACCAAGAAGGAAAUUGAUCAAAAAUCAAAGCUCUUUCUCGAAGGAGGAAUUGCAAUGGCCAUGAGAAGCAAAUCUCUCAAUUCUCGGAAUAGUACUCAUUCGGGGUUCAACAACAACAACAACAGGACAUUCAAAGGAGGUCGAACGGAAUUCAACAAGAAUCCAACACCUCCAUCGAUGAUAAACAAAGACCGAGAUUCAACAAGUGCGCCUCCCGCAAUCAGCAAGAGAAGACUCAAUAGCCUUUCAUCCUCUUCAACCACCGCAUCAACCACCACUUCUUCCACUCACUCGGAUUCCAAUGAAGAAGAAGACUCGAAUAACUUUUCAGCUCUCAUCAAUCAAGAUCUCUUCAUCCAGGAAGAUAUUGAAACUUGCAUGCAAAACAAAUUGUGUCCCAUUCUCAUCUCAACUCUUACAAAAUCCAUGAAUUUGAAACAUUUAACAAAAAUUCAAUCGAGAGCCAUGAAUCCCAUUCUCUCCAAGUCCAAUGUAUUGAUGAAAUCAGAAACUGGAAGUGGUAAAACAUUGGCCUAUCUCAUUCCAAUGAUUCAAAUGCUUUAUCAACAUUCAUUAGAACAAAAAAUUACACGUGAAGAUGGAACAUUUGCAAUCAUUAUGGCUCCAACAAGAGAACUAUGUCUUCAAGUAGAUAAAGUACUCAAAAAGAUUACUUGUAAUUUACCAUAUUUAGUGUGUGGUGGAAUUAUGGGAGGAGAAAAGAGAAAGAGUGAAAAAGAAAGAUUAAGAAAAGGUAUAACCAUUCUCGUUGCUACACCUGGUCGAUUAGAAGAUCAUCUUAAAAGUACUCAAUCCUUUAAAUGUGACCAAUUGAAAUAUCUAAUUUUGGAUGAAGCUGAUAUUUUGCUUGAUUUUGGAUUUGAACAAAAAGUCAAAAAUAUUUAUAACAUGAUUGUUGAAAGAAAAUUUAAUUCUUUGAAUCAAACAAGUUCACAAACUACACGUGAAGAUAUUUCAAAUUCUAUUCAAAAGAUUCUAGUGAGUGCUACUCUUCAUUCAAAAAUUCAAACACUUGCACAAAAUAUUGAUAUUAUGAAUGCACUCUAUGUUGGAUAUGGAAGUAAUGGAGAAUUUAUUGAAAAGAGUUAUAAUCUCCUUACAGACAAGUUACCAUCCAAUGUAUUUACCAUUCCAGCUCAUUUAACUCAAUAUUACAUGAUUGUACCUUCUCAAUUUCGAUUAGUCAUGUUGGCUGGAUUUUUAAGAGAAAAAACAACGGAAACAAAUUUUGAAAAUGACUCUCUUGGUUCAAGCAAUGAUCAUGCUGCUACUCCUUCUGGAAAGAUUAUUGUGUUUUUAUCAUGUUGCGAUUCGGUUGAAUUCCAUUAUCACUUCUUUACCUAUUUUCAAACUCGAUAUAAAUUUAUGAGAGAAUAUGUCACCAAUACUUUUAAAAAGAAGAAGCAUCAAAGCGGUUCCAGUGAUCAGGGUAUCACGACGAAUCAUACACAACAUGUCGAUGCCAUAUCUAACACUGAGACUACUCAGUACAGACAAGCAGUGAAAUAUGAAAAUGGUGAGCCUUUGAUUCGAGUUCCAAUUUUCAAACUUCAUGGAGAUAUUGACCAAAAAGAGAGAACACUCAUUUACAAACAAUUUAGUGAAUCUAAAGAAGGUAUUCUCUUUUGCACAGAUGUUGCUGCACGUGGUUUAGAUUUACCUUCAGUGAAAUGGAUUGUUCAAUAUGAUCCUCCUGGAAAUCCAAAAGAAUAUUUACAUCGAAUUGGUCGAACUGCGAGAAUGGGUGUUCAAGGAAAUGCCAUUAUGUUUCUACAUCCACAUGAAGAACUUUAUAAGAAACUUUUAGAAAAAUACAAAUUGAAGAUUCAUGAAAUGAAAGGUGAAAAGUGUUUAGAAAGUAUUAUUUUGAGUUUUAGAAGAAAAUCAUUGAGAGAUCCUAUUGAAGCAGCUUCAUGGUUACAAAAUAUAUUUGAAGAAGAAAUGAGUAAGGCUGGAAAGGAGAAUACUGAAAUUUAUUCCUUAGCUGUGAAUUCCUAUUUUAGUUACAUCAAAUAUUAUAGUACUCAUGGAAGUGAUGUCAAGUAUAUUUUCCAUCCUAAUAAUUUACAUUUGGGUCAUUUGGCUAAAUCUUUUGCAUUGAAAGAUUCACCUUCAAAAAUCAAACAACGUCAAUUAACAUUGGGUGUAAAACCUUUGAGCGUAAAGAAACAAGAAUUAGAAAAAGUCUAUUCCAUGAAAGAUCAAUUACCAAAACGUGAAUUUCUAAAACGAUUGAAAGAUGUGAAGGGAAGUUCUUCAAUUAAGAGUAACACCGAUAAAAAGAGAAAGAGAUUGAGCGAUGAAGAGGCUUCAGAAGAAGAGAUGGAAAAUCAUGAUGAAAAGGGUUAUGAGAGUUUCUCAGAUGAAGAGGUUUCAGAAGAGGAAGAGAACCAUCAUCAUGAUUCCAUCAUGGAUCUCAAAGAUGAUCAUACUCCAAUGGAAUCAUCAUCUCAACGACAAGGAACCUCAAAAAUCAAAGUACGAAGAGGAAUGAAUACUGCCAGUAUGGCUACUACCACUGCGACCACCUCCACGACUACAUCUGAGACCGUGGUGGUAGAAUCGAGACCAUCCAAUCCUUCAAGGACUGGUAAAUCAUUCAUAGGUAUUUCAUUUGGUAAACCAGUAAAUAGUGAUGGUACAGAGGCGAAUGGAAGUAUCAAUGCUUGGAGUUUCAAGAGUGAAAGUGAAAGUCAUGAACCAGCGCAUGUUGGAGCAUCGAAUAGUGGUAGUAGCAAUAGUAAUAGUAGCAAUGGUGGUAGUAGCAAUAGUAACAACAAUGAUACAACCACAUCUAGUUCUACAAAUUCUAAAAAGACAAUACCCACUCGACUCGCCAUGACUUCAACUCUCACACCUCUUCAAUUACGACAAUCCGAAUUGAAAAAGAAGAAACUCACUCCCAAUGAACGUAUGAAACUCUAUCGUGACUAUGAAAAGGGUAAAAUUCAACCCUCUCGACCUAAAAUUGUCAUUCCUGAAGGUUUACGAAAGAAUCAAAAACACAAAAACAAAUCAUUAGAAUCAUCAUCGAAUGAAUUGGGUGGAGUUUCAUUUGAUGAGAGUCGAGUGAUUCACAAACCACUCUCUGAAUAUUCUCAAUUAUUGAGUCGAUAUGCUACAGAAGGAGAUGGAACUGCAAGAAUGAUGAUGAAUUCUAUGAGUGAAUUUGAUUCAAGUGUUGCUGCGAAUAAUCAUGUUGGAAGAAUUCAUUCAACGACCACACAAGAUCAACGUCGAGGAGGAUCAUUCUUUCAAAAGAAUAAGGGUGGAGCAAGCUUUCAAAAGAAGAAGAGAAAAUUUUGA